UGUAAACUCAAUCAAGGAGUAAGUUUAGACAAGGUGUGAGAUCUGUAGACUUGCACUUGGACAUUGACUGUGCAGAGGAAAUGACCUCUAGCUAACUCUGAGAAUAACUGAAUCGAGUCUUUGCCUCCAGAGAGUCGGUCUGGUCUGCUGCUCAUUUGACGGUCCGCGCUUCCAAGGGAAAGAGCCUCGUAUCCAGGCUCUGACAGGGAACGGGAAAGAUGCUUUCUGGAGGCUAUCAUUUCACACUAGCGGCGCUUCUGGUUCUGCUGCCAUGGUUGUCAUGUUUCAAUGUGGAUGAGAAGAACAAGAUGUCAUUCAGUGGACCAGUGGAGGACAUGUUCGGAUACACCGUCCAACAGUUCGAGAACAGUGAAGGAAAGUGGGUUCUGAUCGGUUCUCCUCUUACUGGACAGCCGGCUCACCGGACCGGAGACGUCUACAGGUGCCCUGUGGGACAAAACAAAAACACUGGAUGUGAAAAAUUCAAUUUGUCAGAAAACACAACAAUUCCAAACAUAAAUGAAGUCAAGGAAAACAUGACUAUGGGGACGACGCUGGUGGUUAACCCAGACGGCAGUGGGUUUCUGGCCUGUGGUCCUCAGUAUGGCUACAUGUGUGGAAAACAGCAGUACAUCACUGGGAUCUGCUCUAACGUCAGCUCCUCCUUCAAAGUCCUCAACUCCAUUGCUCCGUCUGUACAAGAGUGCAAGCAGGAUAUGGACAUUGUCAUAGUGUUGGACGGUUCCAACAGCAUCUACCCAUGGGAACCCAUCACUGACUUCCUGAAAAAAUUUCUCCAGAACAUUGAAAUCGGACCAGCCCGGGUGGGCAUUGUGUCAUAUGGGGAUGAUGUCGGCCAUGUCUUCAAUCUCAGCCAGUUCAGUAACACAGAACAACUUGUUCGGGAAGCUGGCAAGAUAGCUCAAAGGACCGGCCACAAAACCAUGACAGCUCUCGGCAUUGAUACAGCAAGGAAAGAGGCCUUUACAGUGGAGCGAGGAGCAAGACCAGGGGUCAAAAAAGUCAUGGUGAUCGUCACAGAUGGGGAGUCACACGACCACUACGAUUUGAAACGUGUCAUUGAUCAGUGUGAAAACGAUGGUAUUGAGAGGUUUGCCAUUGCUGUCCUUGGCGACUAUAAUCGGCAGAAUAAAACCAGUGAAGAGGUGAAGAAGUUUGUUGGUGAAAUUGAAUCCAUUGCUAGCGACCAAAAAAGCGAUCAUUUCUUCAAUGUGUCGGAUGAACUUGCUUUAGUGACCAUUGUUGAUGCCUUAGGAAGCAAGAUCUUUGCCUUAGAGGCCACAACUGGGAACCACACCUCCUCCUUUGAGAUGGAAAUGUCUCAGUCGGGGUUCAGCGCUCACACAUCUAAAGCAGGUAUCAUGUUGGGAGCCGUGGGUGCUUUCGACUGGAAUGGAACUGUAGUGAUGCAAGUUGGGAACAAGUUUGUCGUUCCAAAAAAACCCAGCUUCCACAACCCUGAGGUGCAGAGAUAUGAAGGCACAGCAGGAUACAUAGGUUAUGAUGUGCAGUCAGCAUUCACACCCAAUGGAGUGCUAUACAUCACAGGAGCACCACGGUUUAACCACAGCGGACGUGUCACGGUAUACCGCUUUGAUGGAGAAAAUGUCACCAUAACACAGACGUUGAAAGGAGAGCAGAUUGGCUCCUAUUUCGGCAGCGUCCUCCAGACACAUGACAUCGACCAUGACAAUUACACUGACAUCCUUCUGGUUGGAGCUCCCAUGUAUAUGGGUCCAGAGAGAGACGAACAAGGUCAAGUCUACGUCUACAAACUCAAUGAGGAUGGACUGUUUGAACAUGAGAUGACACUGAAGCCGGUCAAUCAGACCUGUUGUACAGCUAACUCUCGGAGCAACUGUAAAAGCAUCAGUAAGAACGAGCCCUGCGGCGCACGCUUCGGCACUGCAAUCGCUGCUGUUCCUGACCUCAACCUGGAUGGCUUCAAUGACAUAGUGAUCGGAUCACCUUUGGAGAACGACCACAGAGGGGCGGUGUAUAUUUACCACGGUUCUCAGAAAUCAAUAAAGGAGAAGUAUGUACAGCGUAUUGCUGCUGGAGGAGAUGGAGAGAGCAUGAAGUUCUUUGGCCAAUCAAUUCACGGCAUCAUGGAUUUGAAUGAUGAUGGCAUCAUUGACGUCACUAUCGGAGGAAUAGGAGGGGCCGCACUGUAUUGGUCUCGGGAUGUUGCAGAGCUUCUUGCCGAGAUGACCUUCGACCCAAGCAAGAUCAAUCUGCAGCAGACCUGUCAGGUCCACGGGAGGACCACAGUAUGUGUGAAGACCAAAGUGUGUUUCAAAUAUCGAAUCAAGUCUGACAAAGACACAGACACAGAAACUGUCAUCAGGUACAGUUUAACGUUGGACUCGCUGAGAGCGAUUGCAAGAGGACGGUUUAACGAAACAGAGGACAGGAGAUUGCAGAAGAACGAGUCGAUCGUUGACAAGCUUUGCCGAGAGCACAUCUUCUACACGUCGGAUAAACUGGAUUUCAGAGACCCCAUUAUGGUCACGCUGGAAUUCGGUUUAGCAGAAGACACGGGUCCAGUCCUAGACGGGGAAUUACCGACGUCACUCAACAAGACUAUUGCAUUAGUGGACUGCGGGAAUGAUGACAAGUGUGUUGCUAAUCUAGUCCUUAAAGCCAAUGCAAACAUCUCAAGACUUCUCAUAAAAAACAACCAGGAGAAGUUCUAUGUCAACAUAGACAUCCACAACAGUGGAGACAAUGCUUAUAAUACCAGGGUUACACUGAGCCUCACAGAAAAUAUCAACUAUGUGAAAGCAGAGCCUAAAGAGAAGGACUGUGAAACUAAUAAUACCAGAAUAGUAUGUGCAGUUGGAUAUCCUUUCCUCAGAAAUAAUAAAAAGGAAAGCUUCAAAAUCCAAUUUGAGCCCAAUCCCUCCCAUAUUCGCAAGGACAUUGUGAUUAAUGUUACUGCAACAACUGAUAGUGAGGAGUUAGAUUCAGCACUGAACUUUGUGAGCAUCGUCAUCCCUGUGAAGUAUGAAGCCGACCUGCGAUUCAUUCCUAACAAGUAUAUGAAGGAGGACCACAUCAUAUUGAAAGAGAAGGCGACAAUUCCCAGUGUUUUCAACCACACUAGUGUGAUCGGCGACGAGGUGAAAAUCAGCUACACGAUUGAGAGAGGUCCUGAAAUGCCGAGUCCUCCACUGCAGCUCACGAUAAUGUUCCCGUAUCAAACGUCUGCAAAAAACAUCCUGCUGUACCUCACAGAUCUCACCCAUACACCGAACAUCAGCUGUAAUGCUGUGAUUAACCCUUUAAGCAUCAAGCCUAACAACCCUCAUGCAGUGAAUCCUAAAAAAGAGACCUUGAGCAGCUAUCUUUUGAGUUGUAAAGAAGAAAGAAAUCCCUGUGUGUCAUUUAGCUGCUCCAUCCCUCCCGGAGACUUCAACCAGAUCAACACCACUUUCAGAGUGUGGCGACCCACCUUCAUAAAAGGAGAAUUUUCCAGCAUUCACAUGGCCGUCGAAGCCAAACUGGAGAGCAAGGACACGGACCUGUUUGUGUUAAAUGAUAACGUCAAGACCAGAGAGGUGAAGAUUCAAGUCACCAAAGACAUACGAAGUGGAAUCCCACUAUGGAUUAUUAUCCUCAGUAUUCUCAUAGGACUUUUAAUACUGGCACUUGUUAUCUUUGCUUUAUGGAAGGCUGGAUUCUUCAAGAGAAAAUCCGUUGAAGACAUGAAGGAAGAUAUGAAGGAGUCUGAUUGAAGCUUGCGGUUCUGUAGCCUCCAUCCCUCAGGUCAACUCAUACUACACCUCUAUUCAAGGUCAUCGAGAUCACAUAGCAGAACCAUCACUAGGAACAUUCAGAAAUAUGAAGAUCAGAGUCUGGUUUCACAAACAGUGUAUUGUAGAGCAUACCAAAGAGAACCCAGCGCUUUGCUUGACACUUUGAUUUAUCUUCGUGUGCUCACUGCAAAAUUCGACUGUAUGUGAACUCAAGUGAACCUCUGCGACGCCACAAGAUUGGUGGACAUUUUGCCAAACCAUGAGAGUCUUUGAACAGCAAAGCAUCAAAGGUUCAUCUAGCCUGAACUCAACAUCCCACCAGCCACGGACCCUCAUCUGUAACCCCCCUACGGCAUUCAUCAUCAGCAUAGCAAAGCUCAGGAACCUGUCCUGGAAACAUCUAGAGUUAUCUAUGGUCCUGUAAUCAGAACCAUACACUCUUAUUGGCAACAGGUUUAUAUAUGGAGGUCCAUUCCAAUAACUCACUUUUAGAGCUUGUUUCGAUGAAGCACUGUGCAGUGAUAUUUUUCAGUUCAAAGCAUUUGUUUUGAUUAGUGUUAUGGGCUAUGAAUAUUGGCACAUUCCUUUUUGUUCACAAAGCAACUUUUUGGCACUGACGUUUUUCACACUUUUUGUCUUCAAGAAUGAAGAGGAAAAGGCUUGUACUGUAAAUGUAAAGCUUAAAGUGUAUAUACAGUUAUGUUUGCAAUAUUGCAUUAAUGAUGAAAUAAUGGCUUUAUCAAAAUAAUCGCAUCAUCUGUAUUCAGUGUGAUACCUGUCUUGUUUUCUGUGGUAGAAAGCGUCUUGAUGCCCGCAACGUUUCUCAGGUAUUCCAGAUGGGAUGCAGACUCAAUGAAUGUCUGGAAUCAUAAAAUUGGACUGCCAUCAAUUUUUCUUGUUCAGUUUUUGCCAUAUGUAAAUAUUAGAAAAACAAUUACUUGACCAAAAUAGAAAUGUUAAAGCUAAAGUGUGUAAUUUAUGCACCACCCAAGUAAAUAAUGACUGUUUUCAAACAGAAUUUCCAAACACUCUCCUAUUGGUCGACAGCCCUGCCUUAAACUCACACCAUUGGUUGAGUCGAUGUUGCUGUUGUCAGGCUAGCUGGGAAGAUCCAAAAAACAGCAAUUUUUUUCGCCUCGGAGACACAGUAUUUAUAAUUUUUGAGGAAACUCACCUACAAACUUAUAGUUGACUCUACAAGUCAUAUUAAGCCGGAUAUUUAAAUAUAUGAUCCCUAAGAUGAAACAGUUUCUGAGAAACAGCAGAAAUAGUCAAACACAGAGUGCACUAUUGCACCACUAGACAUAUAUAGUGCACUAACAUAGUGUACAUAUACAGUGCCUUAAUUUGUAAUGCACUGGGUCUUUGAAUAGGAAGAAGAAAUGUUUGGAUAGGAAGAAGCCAAUGAUUUAUGCUGUUAAAGCAGGAAAAAAAAAAUGUUAGCUACAUUAUUUCUGGUUCUGCAAUUAUUGUUAUUUUCAGGGGUCUUUAUGUUUUAGACAUUUUAAAUGUUUUGUUUUUGCAAUAUUGUUCUUGCAACAACUAACUAUAGUGUGCCACAAAGUUCCUUCCCCUUUUAAUUUUUCUUUGUAAAAUCCAUGUGCAACAUGUUAAUCUUACAUUGCAAGCUUUUGUGCAGCACAAAACACCGCUAUUUACAUGUUCACAAUUUACUGUUCGCAUGUUCCCAUUGAGUGCCAUCAGUGAAAAGAUCAUUUGUUUUCAAUAUACUUGAUUUUUAAGUUUCCCGUUUUUGCCAAAAACAUAAAAGCUCAGAAUGCUAGAUGUGGCAGAGAUGCUGGAAAUUUUGCUUGACCCUCAAGUGUGAAUAUCACAUUCAGAGAGAAGGAGCAGUUUUUCUCAAAUCUGUUUUUUCUGUUUUUAGUGCUGAAUAUAAUUAAAUUAUUUUUUAUUUAAAUCGGUGGUUUGAUUGAACACUCAUUCAUUGGUAAAGAUGUGAACUGUGUUCUGCAGGAAGUUUUAGAAAAAGGGCUUUCUUUUGUAUUCAUGUGGUACUGCCUUAUGAUCUGUAGUACGUCUUAUAAUACAAUUGUCAUUUCAACACAAUUUUUUUCUUUUAAGUUGGCAUGAAAAGAUUUAUUGCUGUGUAGGUUCAAAAGGGUUUUCACAGGCUCAAUUUCAUAUUUAGCACUGCAACUUUAACGUCCACGGUCAUAUCUUUGUAUCAUCUAGUCACAUCUUUUUUUUUUUUUUCUUGUACGUUAAAUGAGAUGCCAACCAUGAUUCUAUUGUAUAUAAUAUCACAAUCAACAGUAUUCAUGUUUUAAACACACAAAAAGUGUGUAAAAAUAAGUUGUUUAAAACAUGUAGGAUAAUCAAGCCUCACUCUCAGAUGAAGACCAUCGGUCUUGGUCACAUGUGAGACACUCUGCUGUGAAGUUUCUAUGUAAUGCACUGGUUUGUCAUAUUGUACAUACUUUUUCAGCAUGGAUUUUAAAAGCCUUGCACUUAUUGUCAAGAAAAUGCGCAGAAAAAAAAUAAAUGCUUAUUUUGUAAUUUAGACACUUAAA